UCUCUCUCUCUCUCUCUCUCUCUCUCUCUCACCUUUGCCUCUUCGUCCCAAUCUCUCCCAUUUCUACAGACUCGUGCGUACAAAUACAAUGUCCCUUAAAUGCCUGGUUUCUUCGCUUCUCUACCCAAAACAAGAAAAAUGCUUGCUUUCUUUCUAAUGGGUUUUUGGGUGUUGUGUUGGUGAUUUUAUUAAUAUUAUUGUUGUAAAUUUGAAAUACCGUAGUGUGUACUACGACAACACUCCAUCUCUUGCUUCGUCGUUUCAAGAUACACAAGCUACAAGGCAAAAGAUUGCUGCUUUCUUCCUUUCUUCCAUUGCAGAGAAUCCCAUUCCUAUUCUUGGUUCGUUUCUAUAGCGGUGCUAACAUUCUUUUGACUGUGUUAGAGGAUGGGGGAUCAUUUUGUGUUGUUUGUUGAUCGACUGAUCACUGAAUCUACCCUAGAAGCUGUUAUAGAGAGCACAUAUCAGUUGCAGCACCCAACACUCACAGCAAGCCAAGAUACUAUGGACUCUUCCCAUAAAAUAGAUGUGAAUACUCGGUCAUCUUCUAGUAAAUUUGUACAGUGUAGGAUUUGCCAUGAUGAGGAUGAUGAUUCGAACAUGGAAACACCAUGUUCUUGCUGUGGCAGCUUGAAGUAUGCUCAUCGUAAAUGUGUUCAGAGGUGGUGCAAUGAGAAGGGUGAUACAACAUGUGAGAUUUGCCACCAGCAAUUCACGCCAGAUUAUACAGCACCACCUCCUCUAUUUCAUUAUAGUGGUAUUCCGAUGAACUUCCGGGGGAAUUGGGAGAUUUCCAGAAGGGAUCUGCAGAAUCCUCAAUUUAUAGCAAUGGUUACUGCUGAUCAUGAGUACAUGAAUACCGACUUUGAUGAUGAAUACUCAGCUCCCUCUUCAAGAAGCUUGAUAUGCUGCCGUGUAAUUGCUAUCAUCGUAAUAUCUCUCUCUCUCUCUCUCAGGUGCAUUUUGAAAUUUAUGGUUCUUCUGGUUUUACGUCAUACUCUUCCAUUCUUAAUAAGCGGAGCUGGAGAGUACUCAUUGACAUUGUUCACCUUACUGAUGUUGAGAACGAUUGGGAUUCUAUUUCCAAUCUAUAUCAUGGUUAGAGCAUUCACUGCUAUCCAACGUCAGCGGCGUCAACAGGAUCCUGAAAUUUCCCUUGCCACAUCCGACGAAGAAAAUGACUUGGCAUAUCCAUCACGCUUGAUUCAAAUUCGAUAAUUGAUUUAGCCACCACGCUUGGCUGGUGGAAUCAUUUGCUAUCGCUGCAACAUCCCAGAAACGGAUCAAUAAUCAAGAUCUGCAAUUAUGUGUAAUGCAGAUGAACAUGAUCAGUGACAUCAUCAUUUCAAGACAAUGUGCUCGAAGCAUCGAUUACCGGCAAACCUUUUGCUUACCACGAUUCUGAAAGCUAUGUGUAGUAGACAGCAUUGGAUAUAAGCUUUUUUCUUUUCAAGUACGGCAUACAAAUUAUGGGAAGCCUAGAAAUCAAAGCUGCAUGUAAAUGUUAAUAGUAAGUUGUUUUAUUUUAUCCAAAAGCAACAUGAUUGCUGCUAUCACUUUUAAUA